GAGAGGGAAAGGCAAGAGACAGCCAGAGACCAGGUAAAGCGGUGGGGCUGCAGCCACAGCCCUCAGGAGCUGGGAAACUGCCAAGGAUGCAGAAGGCAAUGAAGAUGGUCAAAGAUGAGGAUGGGCCCUUCAACGCUGCUACGAAAAGCAUUCCCUCCUUUCCUCACUGCCUCCAGCCCGAGGCUCCCGGAGGGAGGGCUCCCCAAAGACACCCCUUCCCGGAAACCCUUCGGGGCCCCUUCUCCCAGUUUCGGUAUGAACCUUCUCCAGGAGACCUGGACGGAUUCCCGGAGGUCUUCGAGGGAGGUGGGUCCCGGAAGCGGAAGAGCAUGCCCACGAAGAUGCCUUACCACCACGCCGCGGAGGAAGCCGCGGCUGCCGAGGAGAGCAAGAGCCUGGGCCCCCCGAACCUCGCUCUGCUCUUCCCGCAGCCGCAGCGCCCCAAGUGCGACUCCCAGAUGAUCGACCUGUGCAACGUGGGCCUGCAGUUCUACCGCAGCCUGGAGCCCCUCGGGGGCAAAGCCGUCAAGCAGGAGCCGCUGAAGCCCAGCGCCGUGUGGCCGCAGCCCGUGCCUCCCGCCUUCCUGCCCGCGCCCUACCCCUACUACCCCAAAGUCCCCCCGGGGCUCGUGUUCCCCUUCUUCGUGCCCUCGUCCUCGCCCUUCCCCUUCAGCAGGCACACCUUCCUGCCCAAGCAGCCCCCCGAGCCGCCGCUACCCCGGAAGGCCGAGCCCCUGGAGAGCGAGGAGGCCAAGCAGAAGGUGGAGAGGGUGGACGUGAACGUGCAGAUCGACGACAGCUACUACGUGGACGUGGGCGGGGCCCAGAAGCGCUGGCAGUGCCCCACGUGCGACAAGUCCUACACGUCCAAGUACAACCUGGUGACGCACAUCCUGGGCCACAGCGGGAUCAAGCCGCACGCGUGCUCCCGCUGCGGGAAGCUCUUCAAGCAGCUCAGCCACCUGCACACCCACAUGCUGACGCACCAGGGCACGCGGCCGCACAAGUGCCAGGUGUGCCACAAGGCCUUCACACAGACCAGCCACCUCAAGCGCCACAUGAUGCAGCACAGCGAGGUGAAGCCGCACAACUGCCGCGUGUGCGGUCGGGGCUUCGCCUACCCCAGCGAGCUCAAGGCCCACGAGGCCAAGCACGCGAGCGGACGCGAGAACAUCUGCGUGGAGUGCGGCCUCGACUUCCCCACCCUGGCCCAGCUCAAGAGGCACCUCACGACGCACCGGGGCCCCAUCCAGUACAGCUGCUCCGAGUGCGACAAGACCUUCCAGUACCCGAGCCAGCUGCAGAACCACAUGAUGAAGCACAAGGACAUCCGGCCCCACAUCUGCUCCGAGUGCGGCAUGGAGUUCGUGCAGCCGCACCACCUCAAGCAGCACUCGCUCACCCACAAGGGUGUGAAGGAGCACAAGUGCGGAAUCUGUGGGCGUGAGUUCACCCUGCUGGCCAACAUGAAGAGACACGUGCUGAUCCACACCAACAUCCGUGCCUACCAGUGUCACCUCUGCUACAAGAGCUUCGUGCAGAAGCAAACCCUCAAGGCGCACAUGAUUGUCCACUCCGACGUGAAGCCUUUCAAAUGCAAGCUGUGUGGGAAGGAAUUCAACAGGAUGCACAACCUGAUGGGCCACAUGCACCUGCACUCGGACAGCAAGCCCUUCAAGUGCCUCUACUGCCCGAGCAAGUUCACGCUGAAGGGGAACCUGACCCGGCACAUGAAGGUGAAGCACGGGGUGAUGGAGCGAGGCCUUCACGCUCAAGGUCUGGGCAGGGGACGACUGGUCCUGGCUCAGUCCACAGGUGUGCUGAGGAACCUGGAGCAGGAAGAGCCCUUUGACCUCUCCCGAAAGUGCAGCGCGAAGGGGCCAGUGUUCCAGUCAGAUGUUGACAGCACACAGAGCUGCCUCUACCAAGAGGAGGAGGAGGAUGGUGAGGACAACUGCUGUGGGGUGGGACCCUACAGCCCCAGCGUGGCCACAGAGAGCCAACCGCUCUGCGCGCCUGAGGAUCUGUCCACCAAGCAGGAGCAGGCCCUGCAGGGCCCUGGGGAAGAACACGAGGACCAGGAUGCUCCAGAAGAGCAGCGGGAGGACAGUGGCAAGGACACGGAGGGCAGAGGCACAGACUGCUCCCUCAGAGACGAGCGCCCGGGCAGCGGGAUGUUGCAAAGCAGCAUGCAGAGCCCCCCGUUUUCUGAUUACUUAUACUUCAAGCACAGAGAUGAGGGUUUAAAAGAAUUACUGGAGAGGAAAAUGGAAAAACAAGCAGUCCUUUUGGGUAUCUAAGUGGACAGCUUUAAAAUUACAUUUGGAAAAUGAGAUCUAGGCAGUUCAAAUACAGCUUUCCGCGUGAACUGUCAUUUGCUGGGGACGGGCAAGUGGCGCCCGUCUUUACAAAUGGCUCAGACUAAACGUGUGGGUAACACAAAUGCUUCUCAGGUCGUUCCUUGGGCACUUGGCAAUUUCAUACACGUGCAGGGGCCCUUUGGCGUUAUUUUACACAUCACACACAUGACGAACUGUGCAUUCUUCUAGAUAGCCAACUGCAAGCUGAGCUCAAGGUGCUUUUAGAAAGUGUUUUCUCCUAACAUGCAAUAAGGCAAAUGUAUUUCUAGUGGCAAAACCGUGGUGCUCAUGUUACCUUAUUAGUGACUAUUUAGUUGCAUUUAUGUUACAAUAUCAUAGGGGAAAAUAUUAGUAGUUGUAUAUGUAAAAAUAUAGCCACUAUUAGAUGAUAGAAACACGGAAAAUGAAGCAAGAGAUGAGCUAUUGGGAAGGCUGUACUCAAGAAGUUCCUGCAAAUGUGAGAUGGGGUUUCCAGAGAAGGAGAAUCAUUUUGACAAGAUGGGACCAGGCGAUGCUUAGAAACCUGGUCCGGUCUUCUGUCCUGCUUCAGUUUCCCUGGUCAAUGGGACAUUUUGGACACCCCUGUAGAUAUAUGGACAAUGCUUGGGAGUCCCAGCUCUUCAGGCCAGACCCCUGUCCAAGAAGAAGCCCCUCACAGAGAUCACUGCCAUCUUGUUCUGAAGCCAUGUGCCUCAUGAAGCAGCUAAAAGGACUGUUGCCACAGUGAGCAGUGGAGCUUGGGCUGUGAAAUGGGUUCAGGACUUCUCCCUAAAAGAAGCUCUGACUUAUUUAGGGAGAGGAAUGAUUGCCCACCAGUCGCUGUAGUCGGAGAGCAGGUUGCAUGUGAGAACCACCCAGUAGGUCCUUUAGAAAACACGGAUGUAGCUAGGCAUGGUUGCUCACAACGGUAAUACCAGCACACGGGAAGCUGAGGCAGGAUUGCCUUGUGUUUGCAACCAGCCUGAACUACAAAGUAAAACCUUCUCUUAAAGAAAAAAAAAAUGGAAACAAGCAAAAGCCUGCAGUACUGGGGCUUCCCCCGUAAGGUUCUGAUUUAAUCCAUCUGGUUGGGGGUCCCUGCACUGGGCACAAAAAAGAAGAGUUCUGGUUUGACGUAGCCCUCGCCCAGUUCUGUGUCUCCUGGGACUCCUUCCCAGCGUUCUUACACAUUUCUGAUCCUGUCUUUAGAUGUAAUGAGGUGGAGGACAGGAGAGCUGCAACCACAAUGCUGACUUCAGUCUUUGUUCCUGUUCUGUCAUUCUCCCAAGGAGACCACACACACACACACACACAUACACAAUGUAGAUUUACAUACACACGCAAGUGCGCAUGCGCACACGCUCGUGUGUGUGUGUGUGUGUGUGUGUGUGUGUGUGUGUGUGUGUGUGUACCAGAAGACAAAGCCUAUGGUGUUUGUAGACACUUAGUGUGUUAACGGAUUCAUGGCUGGCCUAUGAUGUCUCUUACUCUUGCCCAGAUGCUUGAACAGCUGUAGCAGUAAACUGGAGCAUUAUGAUGGAUUUUUCUGGACCUCUUAGGUGGGUUUUCUUAGACUUUGCCACCAUGGAAAGCAAUGCUGACUGGGGGUUGCUUUCAUGACACUGACUCAUGGUAGGUACUAGACUGUGUUUGUAUGAAACCUGCCUGUUGGUUGAGAAUGUCAGUAUUCUUGGGAAGGCCAGUUCUAGUGACUGCCUUGCUUCCUGUCCUCCCCAAGUCCCAGCACACUCCUUUAGAAGUCCCAGUGUGGCUCUAACUGCUGGCUGCAACAUUCUCUGUCAGCCAAGCUGCUUCUCCAUGGGUCUCAUCCAGUCCCUACCAUUCACCUGUGUGCUUUAAGAAUCUCUCCCCCAGUUCUCCUACCAACAUCCUAAAGUCCCUUUCUUUGUCAUGGCUGUCACUGUGAAGAACAAAAAGUGUAUGCAUUUCCUACUGCCACCUGUAUAUGUACCUGGGUCACAAACCCUGCGAAGGGGAUGGAUAGUGGGGAGAUCACUCUGGAUUUCUAUGAUGACAAGCACAAUUCUGGACAAAGACUUGUUGCAGGUCUUCAGAUGGACAAGAUCCCUUCCCCUCACUGUGAAUGAAGCUUUCUGGUGCCUUUGAUAAAAGUGUCCAGGAAGCUUCAUUCAGAAACCAAAAACUGAGGCACAUGUGCUGGGCCUGACCAGAGUUCCACACUCUUCCACGUGCCUCUGGGUACCCUGCUGGAAGAGAAGAAACUAGGAAAGUCUAGAGGAGCAAGAUCAAGUCAGUCCCAAACCAACCUUGUGGGAAUGUUUGAGGAACCAGUUGUCUGGGAGAGAGAAUGGUCUAGAAUGGUGGUUUGUGAGCAUGUUUUGAAGAGUUGCAGGUCCCAUCCUAAGCCCCUCCAGAGCUGCUAAGAAAGGAGAUACCCAGCUCCCACGCCCAUUUCACUCAGAGCAGCAGAAGUCCUCUGUGGGAUAUGUUAGGAUCCUGAGUGAGAUUUCAUGGAGGGAGAAGGACCCAGAGAAGUUAACCUCACUGAGUACAGAGUGUGCCCCUAAGCCUGGCAUGAAAAGCUUAGUACGGCUUAAACCUACACUCCCCCGAAAGGGAAGCUAACCCCAUGUUUCAUAUGUGGAGGCAGUCUUCAUUACACCUGUUAUCCUAAGGCAUUGUUCCUCAAAAGCAUCCCAGUGAAUGUGAUCAGGUUCCCAGACAUUGGGAAAGGCAUGGCCAACCUUGAUCAAAUUAACCAGAUACAAAUCUGAAGUAGGAGCCCACCUCAGAGAACCAAGGAAUAAAGCCGUCCAAGCUCACCAGCACUCCAAAGCCAUGCCCUUCACUGCAUUAUAGAAUUCUGAAAAUAGGUCAGAACCAAAUGCUUUCCAGGCUUUUAACCAUCACUUUAAGCCAGCUAAAGGUCCAGCCAAGGGGCAUAUUUGUCUCUUGCCCUUUUUUUCAGGCUUGUGAUGAUCCUCCUAAAUGUUUUGUAUUCCUCUUUCAUCCUUUUAUUUUUUUAAAACUUGGAUAUUUCUUUGGCCAUCACACUGAAACCAAUCUCUCCAAGCCAAAAGGAGCUAAUGGAUAUAUCUGGACAUAAGUAGCUAUAGGCAAAAGCUCAGUCAGUGUGCAUUCUGUAUUUAUUGAGCCCCAAAGACAUUCGAUAAAAUAUUAACCUGUUUUGAGUUAAGAUCUUUGUCUGCUUUGCUGAGACAAAAAUGUAACCAAGGUAACAUUUGAAAUCCUUCACAUAUCUGGACAUUACACCAAAUGUUUUAUACAGGUGUAUACACCCCCCCCACUCCCCCACCCCUGUUCAUCUCCCCCCACAGAGUUCUGGCUCACCAGUUAGAAACCAAAACUCCACAUGUCUAGCAACCCAGUUGUGAAUAUUGCUUCUUGU